ACCUUUCAAUAGCCCUAUGUAUUCUAUCACUUGAUACUGUACGUACAUACAUACAUACAUAUAAGCGAUUAGUCGUUUGCGAAACUUUAAGGCGGCUAUGGCACCAAUGGCGUACGAACGAGUUCGAAAUCGAGGAAACGGUCGAACGAUCGAGUUGGCUGUCGACGUGGUUAAAGUGUCCGUCCUGACCAUGCUGUUCCUCGCACCGAUCGGUGCGAUCCUCAUAAACCUUACCGGACCUAUUCUUCUCAACAAAAUAACCGAGGAGGAACAACGAAGAAAACGCGAGCUGAGUUACCUUCGAAUCCUUAGCCUUCAACCUUUUUCGCGUCAGUUAGUGAGACAAAAGGAAAUAAAGCGGCGGCUUUCGGGCGUUGUGACCGCUUGAACGACCGCUUCCAUUCCAUCCUACCGAUUUUACCUGUCCCUUCCGUUCCGCUCCUUCUCUUCUCUCUACAAAGCUUCUCAAUGUUUUUCCUCUUUCCUUUUUCAGCCGGCUAUCUUCUCUAUUUUCCAUUGCUUUAUUUAUUACAAUAAUUAACCAAGUAUUUGCGGAUUAACCAAACAUUUUCCAAAUGAACGUUUACGCGUUUCUAUUCUUUUCCCUUAUGGUUCUUUUUUUCUUCUUCAGAUGUUUUGAAAAUUAAUUUGUUUACAUCGCAUUAACCAACUUGUUCAUUCAUUGUUUUCAUUAAGGAAAAGAUUUUGUGCAAGGACUUACUUACAUAUGUAUAUAAGUAAGUUCACCAGAGUCCAUAACUGCGACGCGCAGGUUGGAAGGUGGUGGGGGAACGUAGCGAGCUCUCCGCGAAUCGCUUUCUACUUCGUUUGGGAGUAUCGCCAAUCAGGGCGAAGAUGCGCACUGGAGAUGCGCGAAGAACGAAAACUGGUCUUUUCGC